AUGUUACAAUCAUUUCAUUUCCAGCAGGAGCCCGCAGACGAGCGCAUUGAAUACAUGAGCGCCAAUCGAUAUUUUGAAAUGAAAGCAGGCAGACAGUUUCUAUUUCGUCGCUGGCCACCGAGAAUAUCAAAUGAUGAUACAAUGAAUAAAAAAUUCAAGCGAUCCAUUGAAAAAUUUAUUUCUCCUACUUUACAAAGUAUUAUAACUUGUUGUGCGCCUGUACAAGCAAUGGCCUUUCUCACGAAUGAAUGGGAAAAUUUUGGUGUGGAACAUCAACAGCAAUUAGCCAAUGGCCUAAUUAAUAUAGUUAAACAAGAACUUGAGAUAAGAAAAGUUGAUUGGCAAAUUCUCUUCAUUUUUAGUGGUCGGCAAAAACAUUUCUAUGAAGAAUUUUAUCGAAUAUUUAUUGCUUUACAAACUGAUCGAGAUGGUUUUAGUCAAUUUUUUUCUCCAAUAUCAACUAUGUUCGAGACGAGUUGA